CUAUUGUGCUUCUACCUCCUGAGCCCACGGGCCCGCACGGGUCUGCCCGCUGCCGGAGGGAAUGGAGAAGCCGGGCCACCCUCCUCGCACUGGCACAAAGCACUCUGCUCGGCCAGAAAGACAAUCCUACGGGUUUGCUUCCAGUCACCUCUCACCACGAAAGUUCACGGCGGAGCCGGGAGGGAGAGAGGAUCCCGCCCCCGCAGGGCUGGACAACUGAACAACACGUUCCAGGCAAGUUUAAAAUCCGGUUUAAAACAGGAAGCGGCGGCGCAGGGCCGAGUCCCUAGCGGCCUUUCGGGCCACCCAGCCGCCCCAAACUGGACGCCGGGCGGUCGGGUGGCCACCGCAGGCCACCAGCCCCGAACCCCCAUACCGCGGGGGUGGCGCCGUCACCAGCAGCGCCACCGACCGCACCUCCCCGCAGGCCCCGCGGGGCGCCGACCUGGGCGGGGCAGCUCGCUUACGGGCCCCCCGAGAGGCCGAGCGGGCUCGUGGACACCGGCUCGGGAGCCUCCGGUGCCGCUGGGGUAGAUGGCUCCCUCUCCGGCAACCCUGAACUGCCGGAGCGGGUGGAGACCGCCUUUAAUCCGUCAUGACUGGGACAGUGACUCUCAAAUAGGCUUAUGGGUGAAGAAUUUUUCGGGGGAGUGGGGGGCGGUGUUAACAAGUCAGAUUUCCGAGCCACCCCGACACUCUGACGCAUUGAAUCUCGCGUGGCUCGAGGGGUGUCAGGGCUUGUCGGAUGACUCCGCCUCUCGCCUUGAAUUGGCCCCUCGCUCGUCCCUUCCCGGCAGAUGAAUCUCCCUUCCUGGUUGGUCGGCGGUGAAUCCGUGGCCAGGUCUGGACCAAUGGGCGCUCUAGUUCGCAGAACGUCACCUGGAGGUGGGUCCCCAGCUGGCGCCGUUGGCCGUGGACGCCUAACUCUCGCGCUGAGACUUCCGGCGGGGGAGCGAGCGCGGAGUUCUGCGAGAAGCGCGGCGCCCAGGUCCGUGCCUAGGGAGGCCCCGGGGAGGGCUGGGCCGAGGGCUGGCGCGGCGGCUCCUGGCACCGACUGAGAGGCCAAGGCGCCGCAGGCGGCUGCGGCCCGGCUAGAGCGGGCUCUUCGGCCGCGACCUGAAGCCCAGGGUCCUCGGGCUUCUGCUGACGCCGGCCAUCCCUGUGCGAGGCUGGGGGCUCCUUUCCAGGCGGGCACCGCUGGUUUCCCGGGUAGGGCACUCCGGGGGCCUGACGAUGGCGUCGGGCCCGGGCUCCCAGGAUCGGGAAGGGCUCCUGAUAGUGAAACUGGAGGAGGACUGCGCCUGGAGCCAGGAGCUGCUCCCGCCGGACCCGGGGCCCAGCCCGGAGGCCUCCCACCUGCUCUUCAGACGGUUCCGCUUCCAAGAGGCCGCUGGGCCCCGGGAAGCCCUCAGCCGGCUCCAGGAACUUUGCCAUGGAUGGCUGCGGCCUGAGAUGCGCACCAAGGAGCAGAUCCUGGAGCUGCUGGUGCUGGAGCAGUUUCUAAUCAUCCUGCCUCAGGAGAUCCAGAGCAGGGUGCAGGAGCUGCACCCGGAGAGCGGCGAGGAAGCAGUGACCCUUGUAGAAGAUAUGCAGAGAGAGCUUGGGAAACUGAGGCAGCAGGUCACAAACCAUGGGCGGGGAACAGAAGUGCUUUUGGAGGAGCCUUUGUCUCUGGAAACAGCACGAAAGUCACCGAGCUUCAAGCUGGAGCCAAUGGAGACUGAGCGAAGCCCUGGUCCCAGGCUGCAGGAGCUGCUAGGCCCCAGCCCUAAAAGGGACUCCCAGGCUGUAAAGGAGAGGGCAUUAUCUGCUCCCUGGCUUUCUCUCUUUCCUCCCGAAGGAAACAUGGAAGACAAGAUGACUGGGCCCCAGUUGCCUGAGAGCUUAGAGGACGUGGCUAUGUACAUCUCCCAGGAGGAGUGGGGGCAUCAGGAUCCUAGUAAGAGGGCCCUCUCCAGGGACACGGUGCAGGAGAGUUAUGAGAAUGUGGACUCACUGGAAUCUCAGGUUCCCAAUCAGGAGGCCCUGAGCAUCCAGGUGGAACAAGGAAGAAAACCAUGGGAGCCCAGUGUCCAGAUUUGCAAGGAGGGACUGAGCCCCAGAAACCCAGCUCCAGAAGAGAAAUUUGAGAGCCGGGAAGAAAGUGCUCAGUCUAUUUCUCCUGAGAACAUCCAUCUACAGGUGCUUCUGACUGGCCAGGCCAGAGGGGAGGUGCCCUGGAGUCCUGAGCAGGGACGGCCUGGGGACAGGGCAGAAGGGCAUUGGGAGCUUCCCCCAGAGGAUCAGAUGGAGCAGUCCAUAGUGGGAGCCACAAGUUGCAGAGAAGCAGGCCGGCCAAAGGAACUACAGCCAAAGAAGCUCCAUUUAUGUCCCUUGUGUGGCAAAAAUUUCUCUAGUAACUCAAAUCUAAUUAGGCACCAGAGAAUACAUGCAGCAGAAAGACUGUGUAUGGGUGUAGAGUGUGGUGAAAUCUUUGGUGGGAGCCCACACUUUUUAUCACUACACAGAGCACAUUUUGGAGAGGAGGCCCAUAAGUGCCUUGAAUGUGGAAAAAGCUUCAGUCAGAAUACCCACCUGACUCGCCAUCAACGCACCCACACAGGCGAGAAGCCCUAUCAGUGUAAUGUAUGUGGAAAAAGCUUCUCUUGCAACUCCAAUCUCCACAGACACCAGAGAACACACACCGGUGAAAAGCCCUACAAGUGCCCUGAGUGUGGCGAGAUUUUUGCUCACAGUUCCAAUCUCCUUAGGCACCAGAGAAUUCACACAGGAGAGAGACCCUAUAAGUGUGCUGAGUGUGGAAAAAGUUUCUCUCGAAGUUCCCACCUUGUCAUACAUGAAAGAACUCAUGAGAAAGAGAGGCUUUUCCCCUUCUCCGAGUGUGGGGAAGCAAUGAGUGACAGCAGCUCCUUUCUUACAAAUCAUGGAACCCACAAAACAGAGAAGAAACUCUUUGAAUGUCUGACCUGUGGGAAAAGCUUCCGGCAGGGCAUGCACCUCACCAGACAUCAGAGAACGCACACAGGAGAGAAACCAUAUAAAUGUACCCUUUGCGGGGAAAACUUUUCUCAUAGAUCCAACUUAAUCAGGCACCAGAGAAUUCACACGGGAGAGAAACCCUAUACCUGUCAUGAGUGUGGAGACAGUUUUUCUCACAGCUCCAAUCGGAUUCGUCAUCUGAGAACCCAUACAGGAGAGAGACCCUAUAAAUGUUCUGAAUGUGGAGAAAGCUUUUCUCGGAGUUCACGCCUUAUGAGUCAUCAGAAAACUCACACCAGAUAGAAACAAUGGAGUUUCAUUUCACCAGAGAUAAGGUGGCAUAUUCAGAGGGGUCUGCUGUUGAGAGCUGGUAUUUCUUGCCCUGCUGACCGAAAUCAUCUGUGUUGUUUUAUUUUUACAUUUAUUUUAUUGAUUUCAGAGAGGAAGGGAGAGGAGAGAGAAACAUCAAUGAUUAGAAUCAUUGAUGGGCUGCCUCCUGCAUGUCUCCCCCCUCCCCCCACUGGGGAUGGAGCCCACAACACGGCAUGUGCACUGACCAGGAACCUAACUAUAACCUCUGGUCCAUAGGUCAACGCUCAACCAGUGAGCCGUAGGGGCUGGGUGAAAUCAUCUGUUUUUGAGGUAAUUAUUGUAAAGAGUAACAAGGAUGGGUAUGUGUGUGUGGGGGGGGGGGGGGAGUUAUUGCAGGGGAGAAGCAGAGGCAGCAAAGGACUAGCAUCAAACUAAAAUGGAAUUCUGUCUGAAUUAGUAAGGACGAAAAGUCUUUGAGGUGACCUACUCAGGGCAGAAUUCUCUAUUCACCUUGUCUCAUGGUGCCUACCCCCUUAGUAUAUUUGGCCACAUUGUGAUUUGGAUGCCUUAAUUAAUCUUGUCUUUCCCAGCAACUUUGGGAAUCUAUAUGACUUUUUGUUAUUGCUUCCUUACUUGGGACAUUCAGCAGAAGUAUUUGAACUCCUGAGGCCCUUGAGACCAAAGAAAAGGGGCUAAAUCUCCUGGGAAACCAGCUUGAGGGCAAAGAAAGACUGGUGGUUAGUUGUAGCUCUCCAAAAGGCCUUGACAGGGAAGCCACAGCACACCUCAGUGGCCUCAUAGGAAGGCCCAUUGGCAGGCCAUGAAUGUCAUUGUCACCUCAGACAAAAAGGACCCAGAGACCUAAGGGAAAUAGUAACAAGGAAUUUGCAGGUCAGCCUAGGAAUUGGCAGAGGGAACUGGAAUCUGAAUUACUCUAACCUGUACAGAGAUCAAGACUUCCCCCACCUCUGCCAGAGAAGGAUAAACAGAACUCUGGAGUCUUCAGAGGGUUAUGUAAGAAGGGUUCCCUAGACGACUUUGAAAACACAGAUUUUAGGGAAAUUAGGGAUCAUGCCUUUCCCUCCUGGAAAUAUGUUUGGAUGGUAAUAAAUACCUUCAAGAAACAUGAAAGUGUGUGACUCUUCAUUGAAAGUGUCCUGGCCUCCAGUGUUGAUCUGUUUGGAGGACCUGCUUUCUCUUUGUGGUCUUGCUGUGUUGGUCAAGAAGUCCCACAAAGGUGGCAGCAGACAGGUUGAGGUAGGGUGUGGCAUGGUAACAAAGGGUCAAACCCAGUGGGUUUGGGGUGAUGAUGUCAUAAUGGUCUCUGAGGUUUUCUUCUGUAGUGUACAGCAGUGAAAGUAUCUGAUUUUUUUGUUUAUAAUGUUUUAUUUCUUGGAAAGUAGCUGAAGGAAGAUCAGGCUCUUCAGAGACAGGAUAUUUUGGUCUUACAAAUGAUUCCCAGAAAAAGGUGGUCCUGCUAUAACUGAAUUAUUGCCCAUUAGUGGAGAAGGCAAAAUUAUUAGGAGAAAGCAUAUUUUAGAAUGGGUAAUCAGGAAUAGGAAUUUUAGGAGUGUAUGCCUGUGGGAAAGAGAUAGAAAACAAGGAGGUAUUCUAGAAGGACAUUCUGAUGCCUUGAAAACAUCUCAGGAAAAUAUCUAACUAGCUGCUUGUUUGGGAAACAAAACAUUCCGUUGGAAACCAGCUAUCAAAUUAGCAAUUUUAAGUGAGAAAAAGAACCCUAUGUGCCCCGCCCAUUUUUAUUAGUCUGGCCUCAGCCCUGCCUCAGUUUAGAAUUGAGUUCUUCCUUGGUUUUCUGAGCCAAUUUUUAAAAAUCUUUGUUUUGCCCUAACCGGUUUGGCUCAGUGGAUAGAGCCUGGGCCUGCAGACUGAAGGGUCCCAGGUUCAAUUCCAGUCAGGGGCAUGUACCUUGGUUGCGGGCGCAUCCCCAGUAGGGGGCGUGCAGGAGGCAGCUGAUCGAUCUUUCUCAUCAGUGUUUCUAACUCUCCCUCUCCCUUCGAUGGGAUAUAUUAAAAAAAAAAAAUCUUAUUUAUUUCUCUGCCUUUCUCUUAUCCACAAGAGGGCAGUGGUGGUGGUGUGUGUGUGUGUGGGGGGGCGUUUAGGAUUUGAGAGAUUAGUGUAGGAUCCACAGUGGUAGGAGUUGGACAGGGAUGAUGUGGUUGCUGAUGCCAUGAAAUUGGUGGGUGAUAUCAAGUUGAUGUUAAUAAGAAUCAUCUGGUUAAGAUCACAACCUGUAUGCAUUUAAAUUUUAUAAGAAUAGAAAGUGCCCCUCCCCCUUCACUCUCGCUCCUCCUAAUCUUAUGAUGUGUCCAACUGGUGUUGCUCCUACUUGGAGCAUUGCAGCUUGAGGCUUAUAGCAACAAGGACUCCCAGGUAUUUGCUUUUGGGACUGAAAGGCUUUCCAAUAGGAGCCUUUACUCAGUCCCAGUGUUAGCUCCCUUUCUAGCAAAUUUCAGAUGCAUAGUGGUUCUUGGCCUUCUUUCAUGAGAUAAUAUCACAAAUUAUUGCAUGUAAAAAACAUUUAGCACGGUGCCUAGCACAUAGAAAGUACGCACCUGUUUGUGCCAUCUGUGGUCAGAUAAUAUUUGCAGGACUGUCUUCUAAGCCCCCUGGUGCUGAGAUCAAUGUAAGACCACAUUGGAAGAACUUCAGGGAGCAGUCUGAUACUGCAGGCAGGGUUGAUGAGGUCUUCCCUUAGAGGUCCUUCCUUACUGCAGACUCUAACCAGAACAGAUUCCGACUGGCUUUUAUGCCAAAGGAGAAUGAUGCAAUAAACACCCCUGCCCCCUAAGUUCAAAUGGGUACAAAGGAGAUGUGGCCUGACCCUGAGCAAUAGCUACACAUCCAUGUAGUAAAUGUAGCACAGGAGACCAGCAGAAAGGCUCCUAAGUAGAGAAUCAGUAAUACAUUUAAGCAAUGUGAAAAUGCCUGGCAGAGGCAGACUAAAAGCAGGCAGACAGCAGUGAGGACAAAGACUAGCGCCAGAGACUAGACAUUAAACAAGCAUUACAUUUUGUUUGGGGGUUUCUUCCCAAGAAAACUCAUUAGAAAUUUUAAGAGUUUUUAUUGUAAGAAUGAAAGAAUUUACUGGUGUCAACAUCAUACUCUGAAAUGGCUAUUGAAUCAUUACUAUUGUUAUUUGCUACUGAUAAUCAUAGAAUUAUCAACUGAUACAUAUUUGAAAUAGGCAAAAUCACCACUGUUUUAAGACUUGUAAUUUUUGUAAAUGUUUCACAAGCAUUUGAAACAAAGCAUGUAAAAAGU